AUGUCAGUGCUCCAGUUUGUAUUUCUGCUGAUCCUGGUCAAUAGCAGUGGCUCCGAGGAGACCGAAAGGGAUGUGGAUGUGGAGGAUCAGCAUUCGGGACCAGAGCCCAUUGAUGGACGAUCGUUCUUUUUUCUGGGCACUUUGUUCCGCCGAUGGCGCAAUCGCUGGAUGGCCUACCACAAUCCGGAUCCGAUGUUUGCCGGGCCCGCUUAUCCUAUAACCGGGUACUACAAUUGUCCCGUCUACGGCUGCAAUCCGUCGGUCAUUGGUCCCCAACCUGGUUAUUAUGCAACUCCUGCAGGAUUCUACACCAUGCCCUUGAAUCAGCAGCAGGCUCAGGGGAACAGCAAUGUCUAUAUCUACCAAAGUGAUCAGAAUUCCGCCUCAGCCGGCAAUCCUCUGGGCUAUGGAUAUGGAUAUGGUGGUGUAUCGCCACUUAGACCGGCCACGCCCCUGCCUCUGCCGCCUCCCGGAAUGUCGCCGCCCUCCACAGUGGGCACGGUAUCAGCAACGGCCAGUGCCAACGGCUAUCCUGGACCAGGAGCAGGACUUGGACAGCGGCCAGGACCAUAUCCAAUACCCUUGCCGCAGCUGGGAUGA